GAUCCGUGGUUGCCUAUUUUACGUCUGCAAAGUUUCUGCUUUAUCUUGGACAUGCGCUGUCCACCUGGGGAGAUCGUAUGUGGCAUUUUGCUGUGUCUGUAUUCCUGGUUGAACUUUACGGAAACAGCUUACUGCUGACUGCAGUCUAUGGACUGGUUGUGGCGGGAUCAGUUCUGCUGCUGGGAGCCAUUAUUGGAGACUGGGUGGACAAGAACUCCAGGCUCAAAGUGGCCCAGACAUCCUUGAUUGUACAGAAUGCAUCUGUCAUCCUGUGUGGUAUUAUCCUGAUGAUUAUCUUCUUGUUUAAGACACAGCUAUUGACCUUAUACCAUGGAUGGCUUCUUACGAUGUGCUAUAUCCUGGUUAUCACAAUAGCAAAUAUUGCCAAUUUGGCCAGCACUGCCACAGCGAUCACAAUUCAGAGGGACUGGAUUGUUGUGGUUGCAGGGGAAGACAGAAGCAAGCUGGCAGAUAUGAAUGCCACAAUAAGAAGAAUUGAUCAGUUGACCAACAUCUUGGCCCCAAUGGCAGUUGGUCAGAUAAUGACAUUUGGCUCCCCGAUGAUUGGCUGUGGAUUCAUUUCUGGCUGGAACCUGAUGUCGAUGUGUGUGGAAUACCUGCUGCUCUGGAAGGUUUAUCAGAAGACCCCUACUCUGGCGCUCAAAUCAGCAAAAGUUGAAGAAUCAGAACUGAAACAGCUGAAUGUAAAGAAAGACAGUGACGUGAAACCUGCUGAAGGAGUGCAGUUAAUUGUUGAGAAAGAUGUAACUGGCUUUGAGCCCCAACAGGAGAAGGAAGUCAGCUGUGCUGCCCGGAUUGCUGAGCCUUUCAUCACGUUUCGUGAUGGAUGGGUUUCAUACUACAACCAGCCAGUGUUUCUUGCAGGCAUGGGUCUUGCAUUUCUGUAUAUGACUGUUCUGGGCUUUGAUUGUAUUACUACAGGCUAUGCAUACACUCAGGGAUUGAGUGGCUCUGUGCUAAGCCUCCUGAUGGGUGCCUCGGCAGUCACUGGAAUCAUGGGAACAGUAGCUUUCACUUGGCUUCGUCGCAAAUGUGGCCUGAUUCGCACGGGCCUUAUUUCUGGAGUUGCUCAAUUUGCUUGUCUGGUCUUAUGUGUCAUCUCUGUAUUCAUGCCUGGAAGUCCUCUGGAUUUGACUGUUUCCCCAUUUGCUGACAUCAGUGCCAGGCUGUUUGAAAGUGAACCAUUACCUACUAUAGCAUCUCCAGAAGAUAAGCCUGAAAUGGUUUUUGCAACUGCAAUGCCCAACUGGUUAAACGGGUCUACUACUCCUGCUAUCAGUGACCCAGAGAUGAGUCCUGAGCCUGUGCCUUUAAUCUCCGUUAGUCUCCUGUUUGCAGGAGUCAUUGCUGCUAGAGUUGGCCUUUGGUCCUUUGAUUUGACUGUCACACAGUUGCUCCAAGAAAACGUGGUAGAAUCUGAAAGAGGCAUCAUAAAUGGUGUCCAAAACUCCAUGAAUUAUCUUCUUGAUUUGCUGCACUUCAUCAUGGUCAUCUUGGCCCCAAACCCUGAAGCUUUUGGUUUAUUGGUGCUAAUUUCUGUGUCUUUUGUUGCAAUGGGCCACAUAAUGUACUUUAGAUUUGCCCAAAAAAGCUUGGGAAAACAACUUUUUGUUUGUUGCACUCCUGAUCGCAAAGCAGUCUCUGACCGUUCACCACCUGGUAAUACGUCUACUGUUUGAAAGGAUCGGCUUCUCUUACUAGCUUGCUACACAGAUACCAUGGUCAAACACGUGCUGCCUUCUGUGACCCUAAGGUGUUUCUGUAGAGUUUAGUGCUUAACUUAGCUGUUUGAGUAAGC